CGGAACGCGCUUAAGCAAGUUGUCUCAAUCGUCUCGCUCUCAAACCCUGUCAAAUUCUAUGCGGCGUCAAUCAGGGACAUCCAGGCGUCUCGAAUGAGAAGCUCUGACCUAGACCAGAGCUCGUGACACUGAUUGGCUUUAGGGCCUUCCUUGGGAGCAACGACAUACAUACAUACAUACACUAUUACGGUCAACACCUCCGCAUUGUGGACCAUGUCGCAUCUAUCGCUUCAGUGUAGCGAAAACCCACCUGAUUCUCACUUUCUUGAGGAUAGUCCAACAAUUGGUAGGGCCGCCAUCAACUACCCUACUGCUGACACGAGCCCGAGCCCCCCGCCGUCAUUAUCCAUAACAAAUACUGGGACAAAACAGCGUAAACCACCAGCUCCCAGCCCUCUACAAACGACUACAGUCGUGUCUCCGCCUUCCAGCGCAAGCCCAUCUCGGUCAACUUUCCCCAGGCCCAUCCACGAGUCAUUAUCAACUGCCUCAGUGGUAUCGCGAGGACUAUCGCCACAUCUUUCGCCUGUAAACGGUCAAACGACGGACUUUCGUGCUCCCGAAUCUGCUACUCGCAAGGGCGAUCUUUCUCCAAUUUCACCUACGUUUGCCACUACUAGGACACGGCUCGAAUCCCAUUCUUCGAAUGACAUUCGGAGCGUCUCCGAUCCAGCCGGAACUUUAAAGCCUCCUGUAGGCUCAACAGUUGCGAGCCUGUCCAACAUGGCGAGCAACUCAAUAUCUAAGCCCGACGUCCCUUCUGGCACUGCCCGAACGUCAUCGAUUGACUCUGCCAUAUCCGCUAUCUCUACAAGGACUCAUUCGCACCAAGGCUUACAGGAUAUACAGACUGGAGCCGCGGAUAUCGCUAACUUGGUUAGGGCAGCUGGCAGUCCUGAAGCCGUCAUACAUUAUCUAUUAAAGGAGAAGCAGUCCCAGUCUCAGCAGAAUGCUCAAUUAUGGCGACUCGUCGAUAAACAAAGGGCGAUGAUUCUGGGUCUGAACAAAGAUCUCGAGCGCGCUCUGAAGGAUAAGGAGAAGUACAGAAAGAAAUUGAAGGAUGUAAUGGCCGCGCAUGACGAGCAAUUAAAACUUGACAUCGUACGGUCGAGUGUACCAACUGUUCCCAGAGUUGACGUAAAUGUGCCCAGAGAACAACAUGUCGAUGAUCCAGCAUCGCCAUCAAAUCUAGAUUCGGAUAGCGUCAAACACUCUCCUAUAGACGUGUCUCUAGCGCCCUAUCCGAUUACCCCCCCGGCCGACCAACUCACCAAUGUUUUACCGUCAGCAGUUGGUGAACUCUUGGACCCGGCACAUGCGAUGCCAAAGCCAUCCGAACACGCGCUAGACAACUUUGACCGCGAAGAAGAGGACCGCGCAGAAGACGAGGCCAAGAAAACGUCCGACACAUCGAAAGAGUUGCCCAUUAAUCUCAAUCUUCCCCCAUCUCGAAGUCUACCGAGUGACCCCCCUAGGAUGCCACCACCUAAACCGCCGACAACCAACACACCGGCCGUGUCAGUUAUUGAAGCCACGCCACUUGUCGACCAAGGUAUUUCCCAAUUUCCGCCACCGUCUGCCCCACCGCCACGAAAACCUCCACCUGCUCCCUUACAGUUGAAAAAGGACUCGAAUGUUCUUGCUUCGAUAUCCCCAGAAGAUGAUAAUGAUUCCGACUCAGAUUAUGAUUCCUUGCUAGAAGUUGACGAGCUGCCUGUCAUCGAGAAACGCGGUCGGAGAAAAACCAGAGAGGAAGAUGACCGAGAAAGAGAGAUCCUUGCGCAGAAGGAGGCGGAAGCCCGCAGCCUAUCCAAGAAGAGCAAGAAGGGUAGUCAAAAAGGAACGCCGGUUACUCAGGAAAUGAGCCCUCAAAUUGAAUCACGAGUCAGUCCCCAGAUGAACCCCGUUCAACACAUGUUAGCACCAGACAAUAUUCCUGCAUCACUGGCUGGUGUGUUGAAUGGUAGCAACGAUGGCCGUUAUAUUUUGGCUCCGCCAAUGUUGAGUCCUGGCCUACCUGCGAGUCCGAGACCAAUGCCAAUGAAGUCUCCCAUGAACUCGCCUCCGAUGUCUCCGCGAAGUAUAGGAAUGGCCGCACCUCUUUCUCCACGAGCUCCUCGGCAACCUAUCCCGAUGCCACCUAAUAUGAUAUCUAGUCCUCCGGGCUCGGAACGUAAACAGACAUUGGACUCAACGCCACCUAACCAAUCAGCUACUCGUGAUAGUCCCACCGAAAAAUCCAGGAUUUAUAAAGGAUUCGUUACUGAGGAGUAUCCAGAUCUUUUAUUACCGCCAAAUGCUAUUCCGUCCGUCGAGGUUAAGGUUGCGUCGUCUCGCAUGAAGCCUUCGAGAGCGAGCCUUAUAUCGUUGACACAGUUGGAGGAGGAUCCUGUUUUUACAUUGGCUAUCAUUUCGCGGGCCGAGGGAGUUGAGCUAUGGCGAGUAGAGAAGGAUACCACUUCUCUCGCCAAACUUGACCAAAGGAUGAAACAAUGCGCAAGUUUUACUGCUAAAACACCAGACAGGUCGCUCUUCAGCGGCCACUCGCCCGCUAAAUUAGAUGCCCGUCGUACUAUAUUGGACCAGUAUCUCGACGAAUUACUAAAUACGCCCCUCGAUACCCCAAUUGCUUUGGAACUUUGCAAAUAUCUAUCAACCAACACGCUGCGACCUAAUGUUGACGAUUCUUCAGCUCCCAACGAAUCAAGCAACGAAGGGAUAACGCAGAAGAAAGGCCCUGGAGGUAGGCCUUUCAAAAAUGGAUAUUUGACCAAAAGGGGCAAAAACUUUGGUGGAUGGAAAGCUCGAUUCUUCGUUCUUGAUGGCCCUCAUUUGAAAUACUAUGAGGCACCUGGUGGAGCUCAUAUGGGGACUAUCAAGCUUCAAAAUGCGCAAAUCGGGAAACAAUCACAACAAACUAACGAUGGGUCCCCUGGAGGUAGUGCGAAUGGCGAGGAGUCAGAUAACCAAUACCGCCAUGCAUUCUUGGUUUUGGAACCGAAGAAGAAGGAUACCAGUAGCCUUGUGAAACAUGUUCUGUGCGCCGAGAGUGAUUUGGAGCGUGACCAGUGGGUUGAUGCUCUUCUUCGCUGGAUCGAUUAUAAGGAUCCCAACGAGGAGGAAGCAGCGGGUAAUGACAGAAUACAGUCUGGAAGCAGCACCAAUCCCAGCAAUGUAAACGGGAGGAAAAAGGGGAGUGGUGGUAGUGGUAGUGGAAGUGGAAGUGGAAGUGGGAGGGUUCAAGGACAGCGCAACAAUAGUCAGGAGGGGCUUAUCGGAAUGAGCUACGGCUCAGCCAAGCCAGGUAGCAUUCCAGAAGGUGCUCCUCAACAUUACAAAACGGGAACCCCAGAACCCUCCGAGAGAAUGAACGGCCCGACUUAUACUAUCUCUGCUCCAAAAGACCCGCAGUUGAUCCCCGAUUCAGCAUCAUGGGGCGCCAAAUCUAGUCUGGCUCCGCCUGGUCCUUCCAUCGAAGAAAAGAAGCAAAGAAAGCGCAGUUUCUUUGGCUUCGGUCCGAGAACUAGAUCUUCGACUGAUGACCAAGACCCCGUGUACGGUUCUAAUAAUGGCAGCGUUCCCCCGACUCAAUCUGAAUUCCGGGGUCCGGUUCGACAAGUAUUUGGAGCUCCACUCGCCGACGCUGUAAGAUUCAAUGGGCCCGUUGAUAUCAAUGUGCCUCUUCCAGCGGUCGUAUACCGAUGUAUCCAAUAUCUUGAUGCAAAGAAUGCAAUCAUGGAAGAGGGAAUAUUCCGACUUAGUGGUUCUAGUGUGGUGAUCAAGCAGCUACGAGAGCGUUUCAAUACCGAAGGCGACGUCAAUAUCCUGACAGACAGCACCUAUUACGAUAUCCAUGUUGUUGCUUCUCUAUUAAAACUUUACCUUCGCGAGCUUCCAUCGACUAUACUUACUGGACCCUUACACAACAGGUUUGUCGCCGUGACAGCGGGAUUAGAUCCGGAGGAGAAAAUCGCCGCUUUGGCACAACUGGUGCAACAGCUACCACUGGCUAAUGAGACGUUAUUGAAGUAUCUUGUUGCCUUCUUAAUCAAGAUAAUCAAGCACGCAGAUUCGAACAAGAUGACGGUGCGUAACGUCGGAAUCGUUUUCUCCCCGACGCUGAAUAUCCCGGCUCCGGUGUUCGCUGUGUUAUUGCAGAACUAUGAGGGUAUCUUUGGAAUCGAUCCGGAAGAUUACGAGCUUCCGUCUCCAGUGUCCGACACGGAUUCGCAUGGACCACCGGAAGCCCAACCGCGUCGGCCAUCUACUACUACGGACUCGCCCCAUAGGCAACGGCUCAUGGAACAGGGGCAGCAGCGGUCGUCUCCUACCCCACCACUUGUUUCAAGCGGUCUUCGCCCAACGGCAACGCCCCCACCUCGCCAGAGUUACGAGCCGCAGUAUAUGGCCCAAUCGAGUUCACAGGCUUCUCUCCGUCCUGCUUAUGAAAAUGCAUUCCCCAUCCCUCAAGGUUACGAGUCCAACGCAAGGCAGCCAGGAUAUGAUCGCCCACAUUACGGACCCUCGUAUGAACAAGAUUACGGCGACAAUUCCUCAACGUAUGACCAAUCAUAUAACAGAGGCAAGAGAAGAGAAAGUGCUAUGUUUAUGGGCAACGUGAUGCUCAAUCAGCAGGGCUCUAAAAGCCGCUUAAGGGAUGAGACCAAAAUUCCCAUACGAUAAUCAUCUCACCGUAUAUAAAAAUUACGAUAUAGCGUUGUUUCGCGGCUCGCUAUUUCCAUAUAUUGCUUGACUUUGAAUUCUUCUUUCUUUGCGAUGUUUGGCGUACGGUUUUGGGUGGGUAGGUUUUCAGUUGCUCUAUAUCCUGCCGCUCUCCAUUGGCUUCCCACUAGGCUUCUCUCAGUACAGUCGCUACGGACUGGAUUUCUAGCGUCGCAUAAUAGCCUAAUGGUAGUCUUUGUUGGGCAAGAUGUUGGCAUGUAAGCCUAUGGCUACAUAUAUUGGAUUUGGUGGAAGUUUU